AUGGUAUCUGCAAUGUCCUUGCUUUGGUUUAACCAAAACAUCCCUAGAAUGAGUUUUAUUAUGUGGAUGGCCAUCAAGGGGAAGUUACCUACCCUUGAAAGAAUUGCUGCUUAUCGUCCUCUUGUUGUGACGUCUUGUCCGCUCUGUCAUGGCCCUCCCGAAUCCAUUGAUCAUCUUUUCUUUAAGUGGUCCUACUCUGAAGCUAUUUGGCGUCAAAUUAUUCGUAAGUGUAGAGUGGUGGGCAUUCCUCAUUCUUGGCAUCUGUUAAUUCCUUGGGCCUCUUCGUCGUGGAAUGGAAAAUCGGCGAGAUCUGUUGUCAAGAGACUUUGUCUUGCAGCUUCUGUCUACUUCAUUUGGAAGGACAGAAAUUGUAGGAUCUUCAUAAACUCUUUUUGCCCCCUACUGUAA